AUGGCAAACCAUUGUCGUUCCGUCGUGUUGGUGUCGGUCAAGAACGGCCUGACGUGGCUUGAACGCGCCAUGGGCUUCUUGGUCGCUGCCAUGUGCCGCAUGAUAGUUGUGUUUGGUAUGCCACUGUGGCACGCCAGGGAGCGCAACGUCUGGCGAUCUUCUUGGGCGAUGUCGGCCACUGGGCACCAUGGAGGAGUGAAAGGCGUGUACGUGCCCAGACUGGUCUUUAUGAAAGCGUGCGAGAAGCAUCUCAUAAGCACCGCGGCGCUCGUCGUCGGUGAGAUUUCGUGGGUGGCUCACACCGCCCAGUCCCAUAGCAAGCAACUGGCGGAAUCGGACGAUUUUGUCGUUCAAGUUGGCCCGUACGAUUUAAAAGCCUGA